AUGGACCAGUUAAGAGGCGCUAAAGUAUUCUCUAAGAUUGAUUUGAAGCCUGGGUACCAUCAAAUCCAAGUAAUGGAUAAAGAUAUCCCAAAGACAACAUUCCGUAUUAGAUAUAGUCAUUACGAGUAUAUAGUGAUGCCUUUUGGAGUUACUAAUACUCCGGCAAUGUUUAUGGACUACAUGAACCGAAUCUUUAGACCUUUUCUGGAUUGGUUUGUGGUAGUCUUCAUUAAUGAUAUCUUGAUUUAUUCUAGUUCGCCAAAAGAACAUGCAGAGUAUUUGAGGACUGUAUUAGGUAUUUUGAAGGAGAAACAACUAUAUGCUAAAUUGUCUAAGUCUGUGUUGCAAUGGGAAAGGCCAAAGACAACCAUAGAGAUUCGUAGUUUUAUAGGCUUAGUAGGUUACUACUGGAGAUUUAUAGAGGGAUUUGCGAAGAUAGCUGCACCAUUGACACAGUUAACUCGUCGUGAUCAACCUUUUGUAUGGACUAAGGAAUGUGAGCAAAGCUUUAAUGAGUUGAAGCAGAGAUUAACCUCCUCGCCAAUGUUGAUUCUCCCUGAUACUAGCUGGUCAUUUGAGGUGUAUUGUGAUGCUUCGUAUCAGGGAUUAGGGUGUGACAACACUAUCUUUAUGGAGCUCGGAAAAGCUAAUGUGGUGGCUGAUGAAAUAAGCAGAAAUGUGAUUCAGGCAUUCUCCUUAAGAGUUAGUGAAACUCUUUUGGUAGAACAAUUUCGAGACCUGAACUUACAUGUAGACUUAUCACUUGAAAAGAUUAGUUGUAGCCAGAUUGUGAUAACUGAUAGUUUCUUAUGCCAAGGUCGAGUUUAUGUCCCUAGAGAUGCUAAAUUAAAGAGAGUAAGUCUAGAAGAAGGACAUAAGGGUAGUCUCAACAUUCAUCCUGAUGUUACCAGGAUGCAUCAAGAUUUGAAGCAGAUGUUUUGGUGGCCAGGCAUAAAGCGAGAGAUAGCUAAAACAGUUAAGAAUCAUGAUGUUGUGUGGGUCAUAGUUGAUAGGUUGACCAAGAGUGCGCAUUUCUUGCUGAUCAACAUGACCUAUAGCUUGGAGAAAUUAGCAGAAUUGUACAUUAGAGAUAUUGUCAGGUGUGGGACAAGCAUUGAAGGCAAAGAAGUUGACUCUGAAGUUCAUUGGGCCGUAUCAAAUAUUUUGAGGAAGUAUAUUCUUGAUCUGUCUCAUGUAAUUGAGCCAGAUGUUGUGGAGAUACGAGAUGAUUUAUCUAUUGAAGUUCCAACUGCUCGUAUUGAGGAGCUUAAAGGCAAGUCUAUUUGGCUUGUGAAGGUUGUUUGGGACCUAGUUACUAGAGAUGCUACUUGA